AUGGGAAACCAUUGUUGUGCAAUCCAUGGUUCAUCGACAGUGGCGGUUUGGACCGAAGACGAUUGGGGAUCCAAUACAUCGGAGUCCAUGGAAAAGAAAGAGCUCCUUGGUGGUUGUAAGGAAUCAUCCUCUACGGUAGGGACUACGGGAAAUCAAGUGAGAAUAAGGAUCUCAAAGAAGGAACUUGAAGAGUUGCUAAAGAGGGUAGAAGAUAACAAGAGUGGGACCCAAUUUAAGAAAAUGAAGGCCAAUCAAGUUUUGCAAAAUUUGAUUGAUAAAAGUGAUCAUUUUGAGAUCCAUAAUCAACGGUCGUGGAUGCCCGCCCUUCAAAGCAUUCCUGAGGUGAAUUGA